AUGUCUUUCAAUGCACUUGAGCUUGAUAGCUUUCGGCUCUUUACCGAAGCGCUCGGUCAAUUUAGGUCGAGGUGGAAGCCUCCUAGUUCAUAUGAGAUGAGAGAGCCAUUGUUGAAGAAAGCGGUUGAGAGAACAAAACUCAAGGUGAAGCCUCAUGAAGAUGAAUGGAAGAAGAGUGGUUGCUCGAUUAUGACGGAUGCUUGGAGUGAUAGAAAGAGAAGAAGCAUCAUGAAUUUGUGUGUGAAUUCUAAAAUUGGAACGAUAUUUCUAUCUUCCAAGGAAUCUUCCGAUAUAUCUCACACAAGUGAAAUGAUUUUUGAGUAUGUGGAUCAAUGCAUUGAGCAAGUUGGGCCUGAGAAUGUUGUUCAAGUUGUGACGGACAAUGCUUCAAAUAAUAUGGGACCGGCGAAGUUAUUGCGCACAAAGAGACCAACUAUCUUUUGGACUUCAUGUGCCGCACACACCAUCAAUCUUAUCUUGAGGGCAUUCGAAAACUACCCCGGUUCACCAAAACCAUUGAACAAGCAAAGGCAUUGA